CAGCGCCAGCGACAGUAAAUCAACCAACCAACCAACCAACCAACCAACCGCAAGGUAGCGCGGCCAGUUGGCCCAACAGUCGUCACUCAGUAACUUCAGUCAAGUUAAACCGACCAGCCGCAAUCGUAAAACACAAUCGAAGUAAUCGGGUUGAGUAAAUUCAAAUUGGCGCUGCGUUUCAUUUGCAGGUAAUUCGCGGGAAAUUCUGCAAUUGAAUUAAGGAAGAGGAAUGUUCAAAUCUACUUAAGUGCAAUUGAAGGAGUUCUAAGUGAAAGUGUGAAAAAAGUGUGCAAUAAAACAAGUGAAGGCAAUUAAUUACUUAAAUUGCCAUUUAGAUUGAUUUGCAAGCGCAAAAAUAUUAAAUUAAAGAAAAAGAAAAAAACGCCUACAAUCCAACCACACAAAUAUUAGUAGCGUGGCGUGUUUGAGAGGAAGUAAGUGCAACGAAAAUUUUAAUUUAUUUAGUGCAUUCCAGUGUUUACGCUCCGGUGUUGUCCUUUCGCGCGUGCCGUUUGCGCUUUUGUGUUUUUUUUUGUUUUUUUGUUAUCCUUUUGUUGAACGUGUGUUCACUAUUUUCGUCCCGUUUUCGCAUGUAAUGGAACUUUCGUGUUCGUUCCACAUCCAAUCCAUCAUCUUUCCCCUAUUUCACUUGUUUAUUAUCGUGUGUGUGUCUUGUGCUCGUUUCAAUGUUUACCUGUCGCCCAGACCGCUUCAAUAGCGGUGUUUUAUUUCAUCGCCUUUUUAUGCUGAUUUCAACAUUUUGCAGUCGUAUUGCGAUGUCUCUUCGCCGCAUCGAUUCGCUGAAACGUUUUAUAGAUCGCAUUCACAAUUGGGCCCACACACCACAGCCCAGCCAGAGCAAUGCCAAAAACAACAGCAACAAUGAAAAUAGCUGUGAACGUAGUAAUAUCAGUGGUAAUAGCACAACCAGACCGCCUGAGGGUGAAGAGCAUGGAGUUGCAACUGUAACAGCGACAGCGACAGCGACAGCGACAGCGCAUUCACCAGAUAGUUGCGCUAAUAAUGGCAAAAACAACAAUGAAGGCAACGAAGAACACUUGGCCGAAGUGCUGGUUUUGCCAGUGGAUGACACAAAAACUAUUGCAACAACAACAACAACAAUGAUUGAAGCACCAACUGUGGAGGUGGCAGCGAACACAAGCGCGCGUACAGCUGAUAUUGAAAGAGGCAACGCUUGUGUGGUUGGUGGCAGAAACAGUUGUGGCAAGGCAAGUUUAGCAAAUGAGGCCAAUACAACGGCGCGCAGAGGCAGCGCAACAGCACCCAUCGCGCGUGAAGAAGAAGACGCCGAAGAAGUGUGGACGUCGGAGAGUGAGGAUGGUAAGGAUGUGGAGUUGGCCGGAAAGCAAGCAGUGGCGCAAAAUUGCUGUUUAGUGAAUGAGAUCGAGAAGGGUGGUGGCCAAUUUGAUACAAAUUCGUACAUAAAUUCAAAUAAAAUGCCAGCAGUCAGUGCCACGCUGGCGGUGACUGUCACACUCACAUCGACUACGGUGACAGAGGCGGGCACGGCUGAGAAAUCGGUGCAACGCAGCAAAUCGCGCGUGCGCACUUAUUUGAAAAAGUGCAGAGAUCGGCUGACGGGUCAGCAUCAACACAGCGCGGCCACAGCAGCACACUCGACGAUGAGCGAGCCAAAUGGCACGCAGGGCAUUCAAGCAACAGCAAACUCUGCUAUGCAUUUGAAAGACGAAAAGUCCAAAGCAACGGCGGUCGCAGAAGUGUUGAAAGCUGCGCCCAAACGAAAUUCCAGCCAAAGCCAUGUUCUAGAGGAAGAUGAAGGGGAGAGGGAGGAGAAGGAGGAAACGCCAUGUACUUGUGCAUUAAUUGCCACAAUUGAGUGGCAGGACGAUGAGCUAGCGCGCACACUAUUACCAUUGAGUGAGGAAUCAGAAGAUGAGCGCACCGCGGCCGAGGAGGCUGAAGCAGAAGAAGAAGCGCACUCCACUAGCGAGCUAACGGAGCUGGUUUACGAGGAUAUUGACUUUAGCCUGACGUCAGUGUUGAUGGACAGCAGCAGUUCGAAUGUCAGUGUCGACCAGCACCAAUCGACACCAUUGACCUCUGUACAUAACCGAGACGCCCUAACAUUGAGUGCUGCUGCUGCUGCUGCUGACGUUGAUGACUCUGACGAUUUGGCUGUCGAAGGCGAGACAAGGCGACGGCAAAUCAUAGAGGAAAAAGAAGAAAAAGAGGAAUCUUGCCAGCAACAACCAAGGCAAAUGCUCAUGCCCAACUACAACAGCUGUCCGCCACUUGUCAAGGAGGCACAAUUGGCGCACGCCAUACGAAUGGACUCUGGCACCGCUGAACUCAUAGAUAAACACCUCGCCGCUAUUUAUCCUGUCUAUAUGGCGUGCACGCGUGCAAUUCUAAUUCGUCAGGCACGUGAUUUGCUCGUGAGUUCCUAUUCUGCUUGCCUGCAGUCGUUCGAAAUGAAAUUCUUAUGCAAAUUUGCUGAAAUUGCUGCAGAUUUGAGCCAAAGGCACGCCAUCGGUGAGAAUGUUCUGUGGCGCAAAGGAUGGCCACUUACCACUCCAACUGGCGAAGUUGUCUUACACUUGGGUUCACUUGAUAAUGCCUUAGUGCGUCCAGGCGAUCUAUACUUGUGUGUUAAAAGUGCUAAUAAAACGGAAACACCACAACUGUUUGCAGUUUGGCGUAGUGCCCCAAGCGACAUAGUACAACUACAACAAAAACAGCAACCGCUACAUGCAAGUGCAACAGGAACUUUAACUGCCACGGAAACUGCAGACGCAUCAAAAAUACACAGUUAUUGCAUUGACUUUAGCGCAACACCAGCGCCAACAGCAACAACCCCACCAACACAUCUGAGCGCAUUAACACUCGAAAUGUUGACGAGUGACGAAUUACCGCAAUUGCUGCAACAAUUGCUUGUGGGCGUUGAGCAUAGCAUCGAGCGGGUCUCGUUGAAUGAGCUGCAAAUGACCGCCACGACGACGACGACGACGACGACGGCAACAACAGCAAUGCCGCUGGCGGCUGAUGUGGCCAACAAUAAUAAUAAUGGCAACAAAAUCAAUAUCAACAGCAUGUUAGUGCGCUGCAACAACAGCAGCAACAGCAACAACAACAACAACAACACGAUUACAAACUCACCAAAAUGCGCACUACGGCGCAGCGAAUUGAUUACCAAAAACAAAGUGCUUAACAAUAAAUUCAUGUUGCGACGCCUAACAAAUCGCCAGGAUAGCAUGAAUUCCACAUCGUCCGGACAGAGUUGUGGCAGUAGCGGAAGCACCUCCAGCGAUGAGCUAUUGCGUUGCAACACCAACAGCAGCAGCACCAUCACCACCACCAACCAUAACAGCAAUCACCUAAGCGCGGGCGGUUCGGGCAAUGGGAUGUUGGUGAGUGGCAAUAAUGGCUGCUCCUCGUUGGAACCAUUGAAAAUGUCUGCGGGCUCAACAAAUUCGGCAAGCACUUCACCAGCAUUGCCGCUCUUCUGUUUGGGUAAUUCAUUUCCGCACAUCGAUAGCGAUGAGGAGAAUGCGGAUGAGAAGCGCAGCGCGAACGGAGAGGAUCAAUUCGAAUGCGAAAUUGUGCCACCUGCUUCGAUCGGCGAAAUCCCUGAGAAGCUCUUAACCACAUCGGGUAUUUAUCUGCCAGGUACCAGUGAUCUAAAAGGCCAUCCGAUUGUAACUGUCGAUGCGGAAUGUGUACUUGCAGCCGGUCUGAAUUGUUACGAAAUUGCAACGGUGCUGCUCUACUACAGCACGAUACCUGAGAGAAUUUCAACUGUGAAUGCUAAUGACCGUACCACACUCCAUCAACAACAGCAACCUUCAAUGCAACUGCAACAGCCACAACAGAACCACCAACAUCAGUCACAACAACCGCAACAAUCGUCCAUCAGCCGUCUAUCGACACCGAAAACGGUCAAAGAGGUAGCGACGUCAGCCGCACAGCCAGCUGCUGCUGGCACAACUACAACUACAACUACAACUAUGCCAGUCACCUCAAAUGUCACAACAGCCACAGCCGUUAAAUCACCCGCCCAUGCGAAUGCUACCACUAUAGACAACACCAACACCAACACCAACACCAACAGCAACAGCAACAGUGGCAGCAAUGCUGCAACACCAACGUUCACCAUUCUAAUUGCCAUCGAAAAGCCAAGCCAAAUGUGCGUAAUCGACUUAAUUUACCAAAGUCUGCGUCUCCUGACAAGGCAAAUUGCGUAUUGCGAAAUUCUUGCCGUUUGCCUCGAACGCAACUUAUUACAACAACAACAGCAAUUGCAGCAGCAACCAAAUGCCACAACAUUCAACAACAAUGUAGCUAUCAGCAUGGUUGGCAAUGGUGAGAACAACAACGAAAGUUGCAUUAAGGAGCAGCAACCGCAAUCAGUACAAAAACAACAACACCAACAGCCGCAACAACACCCGUUGAAAUUCAUUAGCGUCAAUGAAGUCACGACAAGUGUUGCACCAUCGCAAAUACCGUACGGCAAAUUGCAAGGUUUGCAUCAUCACGACGCGCGGAAGUGGCGCGAAUUCUUCGUCGCACUCGAACCCUUCCAACGGCAAUGCGCAACGGCGGGCCAACGGCUAGUGGCCGCCAUGAGUGACAUACGCUCCGCCGACCUGCAAGGGUUGCCCACACGACGUCAAUUGUACGCGCAACAUCGGGCGUUGAGUCGCGCGCUCAUGGAUUCUGAAUUGCAUAAUUUGCGCAAGCGCGGUGCAUUGCAAUUGGCACGGCUGCAGGAGCUGGCCAAAUGUUUUGCUGCAACAGUAACGCCACCGCCAUCGCCACCGCCGUCGACCGCAAUGACAACUAACUGUGGUGAAAAUAGUCAUAAUCAUAAUGGCAGCAUCAACUUGAAUGGCAACAGUAGCCACAACAACAACAACAACAGCAACCGUUAUUACUACAGUAGCAGCAGCAGCAGUAAUGGCUGCAACAACAAUCGAAACAGCGGCAGCGGCAACAAACUGUUGUCGACCAUUUCAUCCAUCAGCCACCUGGGAUUUGGUGGCAGUUAUAGCUUUAGCAUGUCGCAACAACAACAACAACACUCACAACAGCAGCAGCAGCACCAACAACACAGCCAAAUUAGCCAGUCACAAAAUCGCCCCGCUGUGUCAAAGUACAGCACAAUGACGUCAUAUGAUGGCAUCAACAACAAUAGUUCAGCAACAGUAGCAGCAGCCAUCGUCACAACGGUAGCUAAUAAUGCAGUAGGAGGAGGAAGAGCAGCUGCAGCAGCAGGAGAUUGCACCAGCAGUAGCUGCAGCGUCGGCAACAUGGAUGUUGCAAUUAGACUACACAAGGUGACAUUACUAUUCAAUGAGGUCGAUCGCGCGGCCAAGCGUCUGGAGCAGCUCACGGAGCAACGUCGUGAGCGAUUGCGUGAGUUGACGCGUCAGCGCGCGCUGGAGGAUGAAAUAAACGAGGUAACAUCUUGGAUCACCAGUGAUGGCAAUGAUACUCUGCAACGUUUUGCCAAUCUGCAGUUCGACUGUGAAACCGCCAUAAAAGAGCAAGAACAGGAAUUCGAAAAAUAUUACUUUAUUUCAAUGAAACACUUGGCCAAGGGACGCGAUUUGUACGAUGCUGCAAUCAACGUGGAGGCGCUGCAUGACAGCGCCGUCAAUCUGAAAUCAGCGCUCGACUGCUUCGCCGAAAAACUAGAGUCGGCGCGCGAACGCAUAGAGGCUGCAUCACGGCUGCAACACCUGCUGACGGUACACAAUCUCGAACCACAUGUGCAGCAGGAGAUGCAGCGACUGGCCGAAGUGACUGGUGCUACGCUGCUGCUAGAAAAGUACCGCCAACAGCAACAGCAACAAUUGGGGCAAGAAGAAAACAGCAACAUUGAGCAGUCAACGACAGAGACAACUGAAAAUGUUAGCCGCCAAGUUGUGUGCAGUGAUGCGCCAACCAACAACAACAAACCAAAUAGUCUCAACCUCAGCAAUAGUCGCCACAGCAGCAAUUUGAGCAAACAGCAGCAGUUGCCGCAGCAACUACAACACGUGGCCGUCAUCACUAGCACACCAGUGCCGCGCAUGAAUCGUUUGAGUCAUCGCUCCAGUUCGGGUAUUGGUUCCUUCGAUGGGCAGACGUGUCAGUGUUGGCGCGAAAGUCGCAAUAUGGAGGAUAUGGAUGAAAUGCUGGAUGUGGAUGGUGAAGAGUUGGAGCUGGAGGAUGGCGAGGAGGAGCAAUCGAAAAUUGCCGACUCUGGUGUGGGCGGCUGCGAACGCUGCGAAGGAAAUCCCAAAUUGACGCGGGUAUGCUCGUGUCAGAGUCUCAAUGAGGCGGCAAAUUUGUAUGGCAAGAGUCACAACAGCGAUGAAUUGGACUUUGAAUGUUACGAACGACCCGUUAAGCGUUACAAUGAUAUACAUUCACCCAUGGAGGCAAAUGCACACCUACAAUACCACGCCUCGAGUUUGGAAUUGUCGAAGCUGGAAGAACUGAGUUGUUUGGAUCCGAAAAUACAAAAAACGCUUCUAUUGAUCAUGCGUGAAAUGAUUGGCACUGAACGCGACUAUGUACACUCGUUAAAUUAUGUUAUUGAAAAUUAUGUUGACGAGUUGUUGCGCGAAGACAUACCACAGCCGUUACGCGGCCAACGUAAUGUCAUUUUCGGCAACAUUGAGAAGAUCUUCGAAUUCCACAAAUGGCAUUUUCUCAACGAAUUGGAACGUUACGAACGUAAUCCGUUGAAGAUUGGCAGCGCCUUCUUAGAAAUGGAAUCGAAAUUUUACUUGUAUGCGCUUUAUAAUAAAAAUAAACCGAAAAGUGAUACGCUGAUGAGCGAAUAUGGCACCGCAUUUUUUAAGUCCAAACAAUUCGAAUUGAAUGACAAAAUGGACUUGGCCUCAUAUUUGCUGAAACCUGUGCAGCGUAUGGGAAAAUAUGCUUUGCUUUUGCAACAGUUGGUGAAAGCGUGUAAUGCUGUUGAGGGCGCUGCUCUGCAAGAAAUCGCCGCCGAUGUCGAGGAAUUGCAACGCGCUGAAGAAAUGGUCAAAUUUCAGCUACGACACGGCAACGAUUUAUUGGCUAUGGAUUCGCUACGGGAUUGCGAUGUAAAUGUGAAGGAGCAAGGUCGCCUUCUGAGACAAAACGAAUUUUUGGUAUGGCAGGGACGUGGUGGUAAAAAAUCGCUGCGACAAAUAUUUCUCUUCGAAGAUCUUGUGCUGUUCAGUAAGGCACGUCGGUUUCCAGAUCAGAAGAACCUGGACAUAUAUAUCUAUAAAAACAGCAUUAAGACAUCGGAUAUUGGCUUGACGGCGCAUGUUGGUGAUUCGAAAACAAAAUUUGAGAUUUGGUUCCGCAAACGAAAGCCAGACGACACUUGGACAAUGCAAUGUAUGUCGGAGGAUAUUAAAAAUGCUUGGACCGAGGAAAUAUCGAAGUUAUUAUGGAAACAAGCGAAUCGAAAUCGAGAAAUUCGCCUAGCCGAAAUGUCUUCGAUGGGUAUUGGCAGUAAACCCUGCCUAGACAUACGACCGAGCAAUAAUCAGAUCAAUGAUCGCUCCAUAACGAUAUCGCAACUGGGCAAAGCACCCAAGCUGCGACACUCCUUCGCCGGUUUGCAUUUGGAUGGCACAAAGAACGCACGUCGCCCCAAUUCGCUCAUCUCUGAGAGUUCGCUGUCAAGUGGCACAAGCAGUUCCUCGCUCAGCACUGGCAGUUCCUCAGGUCACGAGCGUGUAGGCGGCGGCAGCACCAGCAGCAGCGGCGGUGGCGGCGGCGGCGGCUGUCAUGGCAAGUCAGCAGCUGGCACGAUAAGCAGUCAUCAUGCGCUCGAACUAAUCAAUGAGACGCAAACAUUAAUGCUAAGUGGUGGUGGUGGCGGCAACGUAGCUGCGGCCACAUCAAAUGGUGGCAGUGGCGCGAAUACAAAUACGCUGAGUAGUAGCGGCAGUAGCGGACGUAGUGGACGCAGUGGUCAUAGUGGUCGCGGCGGCAGUGGAGUAAAUGGAGGUGGCUUAAAUGGCGGCGCGAACAACGGCACUACGACGCGUUCGAAACGCUCUACAACGCUUGUCAGUCAACUAUCGAUGGAGAGCGGCAUUCUAUCCGACAUCUCAAUGACGCCGGAUCAGGAGCAUUCGGACGCGACAUGUAGCUGGUUAAAUGCCAAUACUGUGGCCGCAUCAGCGAGCCUAACAAUUGCCACCAACUUGUCAUCACCGACAGCCACCAGCACAACAGCCACAAUUGGCUGCGGCGGCGGCGACGGCGGUGGCGCCAAUAGUACCACCGUAAUUAUGCGCCGUCAACGUUUACAUCACUCGAAACAACAACAGCAAGAGAAACAUGAAAAACACAAAGAACUACAACACCAACAAUCAGCACCGGCAGCCUUGCAGGAACGCAGCAGCAUUGGUGGUCAAUGCAAUCCAUACCUGCGUGAAUUCAAAGCGGAUAGCGUAAAUCUAUAGGAACUCGGCAGAUUUCUGCACCGGAAAUGAAUUAUGAAGAGCAGCACAUAGUACCGUUUAAAGGAUGAAGCAAAAAAGUAGUUAUAAUUUUUGAAAAAUUUACAAGAUAAGAAAAAAAUUAUUUUAUAAUUAUUUUAAAUUAAAGCAAAAAAAAAGUAGAAAAUUACGAUAUUUAAAUGCUAAGUGUUUUUUAAUGUAUGUAUGUAUGUGUGUCCAACAGUUACUAAAACUAAAAACUAAGAUGCACACAUACAUAUGUA